AUGGCCGCGCCAGGCUCUGCGCUGCGGCGCACAGUAAUUGCUUCUUCGUCGCUACUCAGGACAAGGAUCAUCCCCAUUACCCGAACACACGCCACAGACACCAUUCGGGGUUCCCGUUGCCCUACCCGGUCCUCCCAUUUCCCGACCCUGCAUUCCGUCUCGCAAACUCGACAUAGUUCCUACUCCGCGCCAUCCACCGGUGAUAACGGAAAGGCGCGGAAGAAGGUUACUAUCCAGACGCUCCGGAACUUGUAUAAAAAGGGAGAGCCAAUCACGAUGCUCACAGCGCAUGAUUUUCCCAGUGCUCAUGUGGCCGAUGUGUCGGGAAUGGACAUGGUCUUGGUAGGGGAUAGUUUAGGCAUGGUAGCUCUUGGUCUGGAAAACACGACGGAGGUCGUUAUGGAGGAAAUGAUUCUUCAUUGUCGGAGCGUUGCGCGGGCAGCGAAAGCCGCUUUCAUUAUCGGAGAUCUACCGAUGGGGUCAUAUGAAGUGUGCGCAGAGCAAGCCAUCGAGUCGUCUCUGCGCCUGGUCAAGGAAGGCCGCGUACACGGUGUCAAGAUUGAAGGUGGCCAGGAACUCGCGCCCACAAUCAAGCGCAUCACCCAAGCCGGCGUACCGGUGGUAGGCCAUGUUGGUCUCACACCGCAGCGUCAAAAUGCCCUCGGCGGCUUCCGUGUGCAGGGCAAGACGGCUGUCAGCGCGAUGAAGCUGCUGCGCGAUGCAGUCGCUAUGCAAGAAGCCGGUGCAUUCAUGCUCGUGCUUGAGGCGAUGCCGUCGGAGGUUGCAUCGAUAAUUACACAGAAGCUGCAGAUCCCUACCAUUGGUAUUGGCGCCGGCAAUCGCUGCUCCGGGCAGGUUUUGGUGCAGGUUGACAUGACUGGGAAUUUCCAGCCUGGUCGGUUCGUGCCGAAGUUUGUUAAGCAGUAUGCGGAUGUUUGGGAUGAAGCUGCGCGUGGAAUCUCGCUGUAUCGGGAUGAGGUUAAAAGUCGGGCGUUUCCUUCGGAGGAAUAUACGUAUCCCAUUGCAAAAGAUGAGCUCGCAGGGUUCCAGAGAACAGUGGAUGAGGUCUUCCAGGAAUCAUGA